GUUAAUGCUAGGCUAAUGUUUUCUUUUUGUUGUAUUGAUGUGGGCCUGGACGCCAUGACGCAGUAUGAUAUUACAAAACACCGUGUUUAAUACACAGGCUGUAAAUAGGCGGGUUCACCAGCAAAAACAUUAAAUACAGCCUGCACCACUAUGGGCUGAUUCGAGCUUUUCUUAACCUAAAGAAGUAAACAAAUGAAGAUCGAAUCAGUGCUUUCGUGCUGGAGAAGAUAACGGUCCUGAAAGGCUCAAAUUCAAUAAAUGCGCUCGUCGGUACAUGAACAGAGACUGACUGAACAGCUAUGGCAACCAAUCCCGACCCAUGGUUGCUAUUGGUGACAGUCAGUCAUGAAUAUUUAGGCCAGAGGGUCUUCCAAGUCGCUUGGUCUACAGUAGUCCAGCACAUCAAGCAGCUGAUUUACCAAGAAACGGACUUCCCUGUAUGUGAGCAGCAGCUGCUUUGCAAUGGGAAGGUGAUUAAUGAUAGAGUUGAGAUUGGAUCCCUGGUACCACAAGGGAGUACAGAAGUAUUCAUGACACUGCACGGGCGAGGACUUCGAGGGGGAGGGAGGUUUGGGCAGACUACUCCACCAUUGGUAGAGUUUCUAAAAGACAUUUUGCGGCGCUACCCAGAGGGUGGGCAGAUAUUAAAAGAGCUGAUUCAGAAUGCAGAGGAUGCAGGAGCAACACAGGUUAAAUUUAUGUAUGAUGAGAAUGAAUAUGGAGUGGAGUCACUAUGGUCACCUGAAAUUGCCCAUUAUCAAGGAGCGGCUUUGUAUGUGUUCAAUGAUGCAGUCUUCACAAAGGAGGACUGGAACGGGAUUCAGGAGAUUGCAAGAAGUAGGAAAAGAGAGGACCCUUUAAAAGUUGGCAGAUUUGGUAUUGGAUUCAACUCUGUUUACCACAUAACAGAUGUCCCAAGUAUAUUCAGUGGGGAUCAAAUUGGGAUGCUGGACCCACAUCAGACACUGUUUGGAAUUAAUGAAUCUGGACAAUGCUGGAACUUGAAGUCAGACAUAAAAGAAAUAGCAGAGCUUAACGACCAGUUUUCUCCAUAUUUUGGUAUUUUUGGCAGCUCAGAGAAAACUAUGAAAGAUGGACAUUUUCCUGGAACGCUUUUUCGCUUCCCGCUCCGUAUUAAGCCUUCUCAGCUGAGCGCCCAUGUUUAUAAUAAAGAGAAAAUUCUUGAGCUGUUUGAGUCUUUUAAAGCUGAUGCCGAUACAGUGCUGCUCUUUUUGAAGAGUGUACAAAAGAUCUCUCUGCAUGUGCGCGAAUCAGAUGGCACUGAACGUAUGCUCUUCCAGGUCACAGCGGGUGAAAACACUAAAGACCGGCUUGAACGACCCAACUCGCUGAAAAAUCUAAGCUUGGCUAUUGACAGCUACAAUAACGGUGUACCAGUGAAUUCAAUCACUUGUUCUACAUACCAGGUCACUAUAGAGGUGCAGGAUAAAACUGCAAAGGAGAGCCAGAAGACCUCUUGGCUGGUUUGUAAUGCUGUUGGAGGGCGGGGCAUAUGUGCUGAACUGGACUCUCUUGCAGAUGACCUAAAGUUCAUACCAAUUAUUGGCAUAGCUUUACCACUCAUAUUUCUUGAUGUGGAUGAUGGAGCAACUUCCAGCUUCUCAGGGCGGUCAUUCUGCUUCCUUCCAUUGCCCCCAGGAGAAGAAAGUGUAACCGGGUUUCCAGUGCAUAUCAGUGGCUUUUUUGGUCUAACUGACAACCGCAGGAGUAUCAAAUGGAGAGAAGUGGACCAAUGGAGGGACCCUGCAGCCCUUUGGAAUGAACUUCUCGUUGUAACAGUCAUUCCGAGGGCUUACUACACGCUCAUUAUGGAGACGAUCAGACGUGUUCAGAACAAGAAGGACCAAGAAUUCUUGCUUUCUCCUAAAAACAUUUAUGAAGCCUGGCCUGAUCCCAACAAGAUACGCUCAUAUUGGAGACCCGUCCUUGAGCCCCUGUUCCAUGAUCUGCUCCAGGAGCCAGUUAUCUACUCACUCAGUAGCACUUGGGUCAAAGUAGAUGAUGCAGUAUUCUUAGACCUAGACUACAAAACAGACAGCAUAGAAUCUGUAAUCAAAUACCUUCAGAACUCAGGGAUGACGCUGGCCAGAGUGCCAGAUACCACGUCUGGAGUCCUAACCACAUUUUUGACCAAACCCGACAGUCUAAAGAGGGUGACCCCUGCUUUUGUACGACAGACACUAAGAAAAUCUAGGCACAUGGGGACUCCUGAUGAGAAGCUGCUUACACUUGAGUUUAUUCUUAGUGAUGCCUGUUACAGUGACCUUAUUGGACUGGAGCUGCUGCCUUUGCAAAACGAGACCUUCGUAGCAUUUUCUUCUUCUGUGAGUGACAAAGAUGCCGUGUACAUCGCUUCUGAUGAGUUUCCAAGGUCUCUUUACCCAGGUCUGGAAGGAAGAUUCAUACUGGAAAGCAUUUCCCCACAAGUCAUGAAUUGCCUAAAAGAAGCAGCCAAAAGCAGAGGAAGACCCUGCACUCAGGUCCAAGUUUUAACUCCAGAGAGAUCAGCACGACUCAUUAAAGAAAUUCUUGCCACAACCUGGACCUCUAGAGACUUUUCUGUGCAGUGGUACCCUGGUGAUCAAGAAAAAAAGCAUCCCUCAGCAUCCUGGCUCAGAAUGGUCUGGAAAUAUCUGUACAUUAAUUUUGCAGAAAACCUUAGUACUUUUGAAGACAUGCCUUUAAUACCGAAUGUGCCACUGGAUGACGAUAUUGACACUUUGGAGCUCCUGCGCUUGAAGACUCCUUCUCCCAUCAUUAUUAUGAAUGAAGAAGAAGGUCCUCUCUUUGAGAUCCUUCCUGAAGUCAUAAAGAAAAUUGGAGGAGUUGUGUUAAAAAGCUUGGAUUCAUGUUUGCAACACCCACUUUUGAAAAAUUACAUCCAUCAGUUAUCACCAAGCACUUUACUCCAAAUCAUGGACAGGACCUCAUCCCAGAGACUGGCAAGUCAAGUCUCAUCCCUCUCUGUAAAACAAAAAGAUAUUCUCCGAAGCUUUUUGGCUGGUCUCACAGAUGUCACUGAAAAGGAGAGACGUAUACUUCUGGACCUUCCUAUCUUUCUAAAAGUUGGGCAAUAUUCAGAGAAAGGAACCCCCUUCUAUACUUGUUUGAAAGGAGCCAGAGCACUGCACCAUACUGCCAAAUAUCCUCCAGACGUAAAGUUGUCCAUUAAUGUAGUUGACAGCAGUGAUGAAGCAACAAUUCGUCUCAUUAGCCUGUUAAAUGUGGAACAGAUUACAAGCACUGAAUGUCUGAAGGUGAUUGUUCACGAUAUUGAAAAAGGGUUUUACACCAAAGAAGAAAUAAAUAGCAUCAUGCUCUGGACCCUUACUCAUUUGUCAUUUCUUAAAAAUGAAAACAAAGCAGUUAUCACUUGGCUUUCAUCUCUGAAGUUCAUUGAUACCUCUUCUGGAAACCCUCUUGCAGCUACAGACUUUUUUGAUCCUGAGUUGGAGAUCCUGCAGAAUCUGUUUUACAUGGAAGAAGAAACCAGAUUUCCACCAAACGUCUACACAUCAUCCCCUGAUAUUCUUCAUUCUUUGAGACAGUUAGGGCUCAAGAAUGAGGUUCAGCUUACUGAGAAAGAUGUUCUUCAGAUUGCUCAAAAAAUUGAAGAGUUACAGGCAAGCACUAAGCCAGACUGGGAGUCAGUUCUGAAAAAGGCAAAAACUCUUCUCACUGUCUUAAACAAACAAACAAAAUUAGUUAAGUCAUCAGACAUUCAGACAUCCCUCCAGAAAAUAAAAUGGGUACCUGUCUGCAAGGACAGACCGUUAAAUUAUCCACAGUCUCUUGCCUGGAAAGGAGACACUUGUAAUAUUUCCUCUCUCUCUGAAAUGUGCAGUAUAUCUCAUGCAGUGCUUGUUGGUUCUUCAGUAUCUCUGGUGGAACGGACAUCUGCCGGCAUGAGGAAAGCACUAAAGUUGUCAAUGGAGCCCCAAGUUGACCAAGUUCUUCAGCAUUUGAAAGCUGUAAAUGACUGGCACAGAUCCCAAGUAUUUACCACAGAAGACUGGUAUCAGUUUCAGCAGAUGCUUUUUGAGAUUUAUGACUUCAUGCAAGCUCACCUAGAGAAUGCAAGUGAAACAUUGAAGUCUCUGCAGUUUGACUGGGUUUGGACUGGAAAGAACUUUGCAUCCCCUGGCACUACAGUCCUUAAGCCUAUACCAGACCUUGAUCUCCAACCUUACUUGUACUCACUGCCAAAGACUAUUGCAAAGUUUAACAAACUUUUUAAGUCAUGUGGUUCUGUUGAGGAAGUACUCCCAGAUCAUGUAUUGGAAGUGGUUAAAACAGUCAAGGACAAAAGUGAAGAGGAAAUGACCAAUGAGGAAAGCAAACAUAAUCUCCUCCUACUGAUUAACAUCUUACGAUGGCUGUACAACAAUCAGAUAACAGUUGAGACUGACAUGCAAGUGCCCAUUUUUUGCUCCAAAGAUCUAAGCAAAUUGAUUAUGAAACCAAUUUAUGAAUGCACCUACUGUGACAUUAAAGUGGAUGAUUUGAAUGACCUACUUGAAGAUACAUCAGAACCCAUUAUCCUUGUACAUGAUGACAUUCCUAUGAAAACCGCAGAGUGGUUACGGGUUCCAUGCCUGAGCACAAGACUCAUAAACCCAGAAAACCUUGGCUUUGAACAGUCUGGUCAGAGGGAACCUCUAACAGUGAGAAUAAAAAAUAUUCUCGAGGAAUACCCAUCAGUUUCAGAUAUCUUCAAAGAGCUCCUGCAAAAUGCUGACGAUGCAAGUGCUACUGAAUGCAGUUUCAUGAUUGACAUGAGGAAGAAUGUUGAUAUACGAGAAAACUUGCUGGACCCUGGAAUGAUUGUCUGUCAUGGUCCUGCCUUGUGGUCAUUUAACAAUUCUGUUUUCUCAGACACAGACUUCCUUAAUAUCACAAGACUCGGUGGAUCCUUAAAAAGAUGUGAAGCAGACAAAGUAGGGAAAUUUGGACUGGGAUUUAACUCUGUUUACCAUGUGACGGACUUACCUAUAAUUAUCAGCAGAGAAUUUAUGAUCAUGUUUGAUCCAAACAUCAAUCACAUUAGCAAGCAUAUCAGAGACAAAUCAAACCCAGGCAUCAAAAUCAACUGGAGUAAACAGCAGAAAAGACUGAGAAAGUUUCCAAAUCAGUUUAAACCUUUUAUCAAUGUCUUUAACUGUCAGCUUCCUUUGUCCCAGGAGUCCCCUUACAAAUAUGAGGGAACACUGUUCAGGCUCCCUUUCCGCACAGAGCAUGAAGCAGGAGUAAGUGAAAUUAGCAAUGUCUACUACAAUACCACUGACAUAUACUCUCUAGUUGAUGAGUUUAGCAUCUGUGGCCACCGACUGAUCCUUUUCACACAGCAUGUUGGCACAAUGGUCCUGAAGUAUUUGAAAUCUGAGGAGCCAAAUCCUGCUGCAGCACAAGAUGUAGUGACAAUAAACAAGAGUGUCUGGUCUUCUAAGGCAGCAUUUGGUCCCCUUAGUAUUCUAAAAUCGGCAGCCAAAGUCAUGAAAAAAGUUGCAACCACCAACAAAGUGCCAUCUGAUAUUCCAAAGUCUGGGUGCAUCAUAAGAAUUGUUGUGGAGGAAUUUCACAAUGUGUUUCGACGUAUUCUUGAUCUACAGUCGCCCCUUUUCAGAGGUUCUGAAGAGGAUCCAUCAUCAUAUUUUGAGAUGGCAAAUAAAGGCUCUCAACCCAAGAGGCUUACUGAUGAAAUACCCCAAAAGGGUGUGGAAAAUACAAACUGGCUUAUUUUUUCAUGUAUGGAUGUGACAGAAGCUUUAAAGUUCUCUCUGAGUGAAAGUGGAAAGCGACUUGGACUGGUGCCAUGUGGGGGUAUAGCAGUUCUGCUUUCUGAGGAAGAGAACAGAAAAUGGACAAUGAAGAUGAGUGCAACCCCAAUUGGAGAGGUGUUCUGUUAUCUACCUCUCAGAAUAAAAACUGGACUACCUGUACACAUAAAUGGGUGCUUUGCAGUUACAUCGAACCGAAAGGAAAUCUGGAAAACUGAUACAAAAGGACAAUGGAACUCAAUUUUUAUGAGACAUGUGAUUGUCCAGGCAUAUCUGGGUGCACUAAAUAUGCUGCGAACCAUGUCCGAAAAUGGUGAACUCCUAAACUACAGCUAUUUUGCAGCUUGGCCUGAUCCUGGAAUCGUACAUGAUGACUUCAAUUUGAUUUGCCAAGGAGUGUACCAGGAAAUUGCCAAAGGUAAUGAUAAUGACAAUGCAAAAUUCUUCUCAGAUGGUAAAUCAUGGGUGUCAAUCAAGUAUGUUCGUUUCCUGGAUGACUCAUUGCUUGGCAAAGCAGAUGUUGGACCUGCUGCCUUCAAAAUUUUUAUGAAAUACCUGAAGAAGUGUGGCUCCCAAAAUCUAUGUGCUGUUGAGUUGCCAGACUGGGUCAAGGAAGGCUUUGAUGAUGCUGGCUGUAAAGGGAAACUGAUGGAGAACACACUGACAGAGAAACAGUUCUUCUCAGAUGUGUUUUUUCCCCACAUACAAGACAUUGACAGAGAACUUCGUGACCCCCUAAUGCACUAUGUCCUUAAUGAAAAAUUGGAGGACUUUGCCACUAUACUUAGAGAGACUCCUUGUAUUCCAUGCUCAGGGCCCUCUGAGUGCCUUGUUUUGCCAUCCCGACUGAUUCAUCCAGAAGGAAGAGUUGCUAAACUGUACACUAGUGAGGAUGGACGGUUCCCAGAAGGCACUUUGAAAGACUAUCUGAAUCCAGUUUGCUUAGUGAAGCUAGUACAGCUGGGUAUGGUAAAGGAUGAUCUCUCAUGGGAAGAUGUGACUGAACGAGCUGAAUCAGUUAUGGCUCUGAAUGAGGUUGACCAUACAGCUGCAUGCCACAGAAGCAGCAUACUGCUUAGUUUAAUAGAUGAAAAACUCAAAAUGACAGACCCAAGAGCAGUUGAAUUUGUUGAAAAAUUACAAACCAUUAAUUUCCUUCCAUUUCUGACAAAGCCUGCUGGAUUUUCACUGCCUUGGUAUGGGAAUAAUUUCCAGCAAUUACAAAUGUUUUCUACAAAAGACCUUUUUACAACAGACCAUCAGGACACUGUGUGCUUGAUGAAGCCGAUCCUGAACGAGAACUCUCCAUCUUUUAGAGGGUGUGGUCCCAUCUCCUUGGCUGUAAAAGACUUUCUUGGACUCAUAAAAAAGCCAGCGGUUAAGUUAGUCAUCAGUCAACUCAGAGAACUUUCAAAAUCAUUUGACGGUGUUACUCUGUAUCAGGAAAACAUAACAAAUGCUUGCUACAAAUACCUGUAUGAAGAAAUGAUGCAGUCCAAAGCAGCAAAGGAGGAAGUAAUGGAGGAGCUCAAAACAUUCUGCUCUAUUCUAGUGGAAAACACAUAUGUGAAUCCUUCAAAAGUGGCUUUUUACCUGAAUUUUGAUGCUGCUCCCUAUCUUUAUCAACUUCCUAACAAGUACAGGAACAGUUGUCGUGAGCUCUUUGAAAAUGUUGGAGUUCAGCCAAACUUUACUGUUGAAAACUUCUCAACAGUUUUAGAACAGAUCAAAAAUGAAUGUGGACGAUCUCUCACUGAGGAUAGCUUUCAGCUUUGUCGGAGAAUUAUCAGUGAAGGAAUUUGGAGCCUGAUCAGAGAUAAAAAUCAAGAGUUCUGCCAAAGUAACUAUGGACACAUACUUUUGCCUGAUAGCAAUCUCACUUUGCAGCAGGCCAAGUCACUGUGCUACAAUGACUGUCCUUGGAUUAAGGUCAGAGAUACAACUGUUAAGUAUUGCCAUGGAGAUAUCCCUAGAGAGGUGGCAGUUAAAUUAGGUGCAGUUCCAAAACGUCACAAAGCUUUAGAAAGAUAUGCUUCCAACGUCUGCUUUACUACUCUUGGAAGUGAGUUUGGACAAAAGGAGAAACUCACUAGCAGGAUCAAGAGCAUCCUUAAUGCGUACCCAUCAGAGAAGGAAAUGCUGAAAGAACUGCUUCAAAAUGCAGAUGAUGCCAAAGCAACAGAGAUAUGCUUUGUGUUUGAUCCCAGAACCCAUCCAACUGACAGGAUAUUUGAUGACAAAUGGGUACCCAUGCAAGGUCCAUCUCUGUGUGUGUACAACAAUCAACCAUUCACAGAGGACGAUAUCAGAGGUAUCCAGAAUCUUGGUCGAGGCACAAAAGAAGCAAACCCUGGAAAAACUGGCCAGUAUGGUAUUGGAUUCAACUCAGUAUAUCACAUCACUGACUGUCCAUCUUUCAUCUCAAAUAAUGACAUUCUUUGCAUAUUUGAUCCACAUGCACUUUUUGCUCCUGGGGCAACAACUGUCAGUCCAGGAAGAAUGUUCAGAGAUUUGGAUUCGGACUUCAGAUCACAAUUUUCAGAUGUCCUUAACUUGUAUCUGGGAAAGCAUUUUAAACUGGAACGCAGCACCAUGUUUCGCUUUCCUAUACGCUCUGCAGAAAUGGCCAAGAUUUCAGAGAUCAGCUCAUUACCUGCUUCAGAGAGAAUGGUACAGAAUCUUAUUGACAAGCUACGAACAGAUGGUGCAGAACUACUUAUGUUUUUGAACCACAUGGAAAAAAUGUCAAUAUGUGAAAUUGAAAUUGGGACAGGAGAACUAAAAACACUUUAUUCUGUCACCGCAAAAAUCACAGAUGGUGAUCGAUUAAAACGUAAGCAGUUUCAUGCCAGUGUGGUGGACAGUGUGACCAAGAAAAAGCAGCUGACUCAAAUCCCAGUGCAACAAAUUGCAUACACAAUGGUCAUUGAAGACUCAGACUCGAACUCUACAACCUGGCUAGUCUGCAACAGAUCUGGGUUCUCUGAAAUAGAGAAGGUCUCCAAGAGUGUCAUUUCAGCACACAAAAAUAAGGACAUUACACUCUUUCCCCGAGGUGGAGUGGCAGCUUGCCUUAGCCAUAACUAUAAAAAAGCUCACCGAGCAUUUUGCUUUCUUCCCCUUUCUCUAGAGACAGGCUUACCUUUUCAUGUAAAUGGCCACUUUGCCUUAGACUCUGCCAGAAGAAACCUGUGGAGAGAUGACAAUGGAGUUGGUGUAAGGAGUGACUGGAACAAUAAUCUAAUGACAUCACUGGUAGCUCCUGCUUAUGUAGAGCUGCUUAUACAGCUGAAACGUCAUCUCUUUCCUGGGCAUGAUCCCACAGUGACAAUUCUAAAUGGAACACCAAUCCAUGUGGUCAAAGACAUGCUGAGAAAGUUCUUGUUUUUCUUUCCUGUAAACAGACUAGACAUUCAGCCAGAUUGGUACUGUUUGGUCAAGGCGAUCUACCUCUGCAUUCAUGCAGACCUAAAAAGACUCCUCCCAGUGAUUCGAACACCACACUUGGACAACACUGAUUUACACUCAGCAAUAUACAUUUGCUGGGUAAACACAUCCACUUCCACUAAGGGCAGAGCAUUUUUUGACAACUUGCUGCAGGAUGAGUUGCAGCACCUGAAAAACACAGAGUACAACAUUUCCACUCGAAAAUCUGUGGCAGACAAUGUAUACAGGCUGAAGGCCAUGCUUCUGGAUGUAGGCUUCCACUUAAUCCACAGUUGUGAUGAGACAGCCAGCCUGUACCUCUGCUUGAAAGAUGCAGGUAUUCCAGUUAGCUACGUGACACCAGAGGAUGUCCGAAACUUCCUACUGACAUUCUCAUCCCCCGAUACGUCUUGCCAAGUUGGUAAACUACCCUGUCGACUGCAGCAGUCCAACUUUAAGCUCUUUCACACUUUAAAACUGCUGGUAGACUACUGCUUCAAAGACAUUGAGGAGGAUGAAAUCAACAUAGAGGGUCUGCCAUUGCUUUUAACAAUGGACAACAUUUUGCAAGUGUUUGACUCAAAACGACCCAAAUUCCUAACAAGUCAUCACGAACUCAUCCCCUCCAGGUCAGAGCUGUUCAUGAAUACUCUGUACACAAGAUACAGCAACAUUCUUUUUAAAGCAGGUGUGGCGAAGGUCUUUGACAUAACCAGCUUUGGAGAAUUGUUGGGAUCAGUCCUACCUCGAGAGUACAGAACCAGGAUACCUGUGAAGUGGAGGGACAACUAUGCAAGUGACUCAUGGCUUAAAAGUACAUGGCACUUCAUUAAUGAGAACAUUGGCAUCAAAGAGGAACAGACUGAAGUCAAGUCAAAAUUUGAGACAGUUGUGGACAUCCUUAAAGACUGGGCCCUACUACCUGUUUUGAAAUUUAUGGUGUCAAGCAGCAAGUUAAUUGUACCAGAAUAUGAGGCGCUGUUACCCUUCAGCCUUAUGUACGCUGCAAUUUUCCCCAAUGGACAGAAUGAAAAGGUUUUCCAUGCUCUGAUGAAAUCAGGAUGCUUACAGGUCUCAGUGAGCAAAAUAUGUGCAAAAGAGAAUCCUAUCUUGCCUCUUCUAGCCCAGUACACUGCAAAUAUAGACAAUCCCUCAAGUCUCCUUAAGGCUCUUGAGUACAUGAUCCAGACAUCAGCUUUUAAAACAGGAAGCCUGACAGACAAGGACUUUGAGGCUUUGUUGUUGUACUUCAGCUCUAAUUUGAUUAACCUGUGUCCAGAUGAUGUGCAACGUCUGAAAUUGCUCCCAUGUUACAAAGCUGUCAGUGGCCAGCAUAUUAGCAUUGUAAACUUUGGAGCUUGCUAUGUUCUGACCAAAAGCAUUCCAUCAAUUGACAUUGAAAAGUGGGCACACACUACAUCAUCAACCUUUCUAAUGGACAAUCCACAGCUAAAAGAACUCUACAGUUUCCUUGGGUGUAUUCCCAUUGAUGACCUAGAAGUUUACCUUAAGCAUCUACUUCCAAAAUUUGACCUUCUGUCACGUGAAGCCAAAAUCCAUCACCUGAUCUAUUUAAAAGAGAGGCUGUUGGCAAUGGAUGAGCCGUGUUGCAUAAAAGAUCAUCUCUAUGAAAAGCUGGAAAGCCUAUCAUUUAUUCAAGACUCAGCAAGCAGACUGAAACCUGCCAAGGCCUUCUAUGAUCAAACAGUGAAAGUAUUUGAAAUAAUGCUUCCACCAGAGUCUUUCAUCCCCUCUGAAUUCUUCAAAAAAAUUGAACAAGUAUCAAAACCAAAAAAUGGAACCUCACUGCUGCCUUUGUGGAUUACAUUUCUACGCAAGAUAGGCUUGAAACAUGUUGUGUCUCAGCAACAAGUGCUACAGUUUGCAAGAGAGGUCAGCAUCAAGGCACAGACAGAGAACUGGUCUAAGGAUAAAAUUCAAACCAUUGUUGAUGUGCUUCUAAAUCACAUUUUUGAUGAGAGAACAGAUCUGUUUGAAGGAACAUUCCUCAAAGAACUCUCAAUGGUAUCCUUUCUGUGUCCAGAGAGAGCACCAGCAGAACUUGUCCGACUUCAUCCUCAGCACAAAGAAGUAAAUGGCAGUCUUCCUCUAAUUCGUUUCAGUGGGUCUCAAGUAAAUCCAAAAUUCAAACAAACAGAUAUCAUGCAAUUACUUUGGACAUCUUGUCCUAUCCUGCCUGAGAAGGCCACUCCAACAAGCAUAAAAGACCAAGAAGGAAGCACACUUGCAAGCCAAGAGCAACUUGAACACGUUUUAACUUUGCUAAAUGUCAAUUUAGAGCCACCUUUGGAAAAGGUCAUUAGUAACUGCAAAAACAUCUGCAGCAUCACAAACAUUGAUGAUGACACGGUCAAGACAAGGAACAAAGUUUUGAGAAGGACCUACGAAUAUCUUAAUGCAGACAAACGUGAUUUCCGUUAUCAGUUACGAGGAGUUUCGUUUGUGAUGGUUGAGGAGGGUUGGAAACUUCUGAAACCAGAGGAAGUUGUGAUAAAUCUUGAUAACGAGUCAGAUUUCAAGCCAUAUCUGUACAAACUGCCACUUGAACUCGGCACCUUCCAUCAGCUGUUUAAAGUACUGGGGACUGAGGACAUUGUGUCAACAAAACAAUAUGUCGAAGUUUUAUGUCGCAUAUACAGAAGCUCCGAAGGCAAGAACCUUGACCCAAAUGAAAUGAGAACAGUAAAAAGAGCUGUUUCUGGACUCUUUAAAAGCCUUCAGAAUGACCCAGCACAAGUCCGGAAAGAUCUAGAAAGCCUCAGAGAUUUAACCUUUUAUCUACCAAGUAAUGAUGGUCGACUUGCCAAGUCGAACAGUUUAGUAUUUGAUGAUGCACCACAUUAUAAAAGCAGAAUCCAGGGCAUUGUUGGAGUCCAAAUGCUUGUUGAUAUGAGCCAGUGCUAUCUAGGGAAAGAUCAUGCUUUCCACACCAAGCUUAUUAUGCUGCUUCCACAGAAAUUAAGGCCCAGACUUUUGAGUAGUAUCUUGGAAGAACAACUUGAUGAAGAGUCCCAGAAAAUGUGCCAGUUUGGAGCACUUUGCUCACUUCAGGGUCGACUUCAGCUGUUACUCUCCUCUGAGCAGUUUAUCACCGGCUUAAUAAGAAUAAUGAAGCAUGAGAAUGACAAUGCAUACAUAGUCAAUGAGGAAAAAGCUAUACGACUGUGUAAAGCUCUUUGUGAGGGCUUAAAGGUGUCCUGUUUUGAGAAGCUGCAGACAACAUUGCGAGUUAAAGGCUGCAGUCCUAUUCCACACAGCCGCAGCGAAACUCUGGCCUUUCUGAAAAGAUAUGGCACAUCAGUGAUCCACCUUUACAUUCAACAUUCAGAUAGCAAGGAUAUCAAUUUUCUUCUUGCUCUAGCAAUGACCAUCAAGUCUGCAACAGACAAUCUAAUUUCAGACACAUCCUUUCUGAUUGCUAUGCUAGGCUGCAAUGACAUAUACAGAAUUACCGAAAAGUUGGACAAUCUCGGUGUCAAGUAUGACUCAACUGAGCCAUCAAAGCUUGAAUUACCCCUUCCUGGGACACCAAUACCUGCAGAGAUACACCAUUUACUGCUAAUGGACCCAAUGAAUGUAUUUUAUCCAGGCGAAUAUGUGGGCUACUUAGUUGACUCAGAAGGAGGAGACAUUUUAGGAUCCUAUCAGCCCACCUACACAUAUGCCAUAAUUGUUCAAGAAGUACAAAGAGAGGAGGACGACAACCCAGGGUUUCUUGGUAAAUUCUUUCAAAUUGACAUUGGGUAUAGCGAAUACAAAAUUGUGAGCUCUCUUGAUCUAUACAAAUUCUCCAGACAAGAUGACAACACUAACAUUCGAGAUGACACACCAUUAACACAAACAAGCCCAUUAGACAGUCGUCCUCUGGGUCCCAAAAUGGUGCCACCUAUUUUUCCUGGCAAAGAAAAUCACAAAGCUCCUCCGAAAAAGUCAUCUCCCAAAAAGAUUAAGCUAAACGCACUCCCUGAAAUUCUGAAGGAAGUUACUUUGGUCGUAGAGCAGGCUUGGAAACUUCCUGAAACUGAAAGGAAGAAAAUAGUAAGAAGGUUGUACCUCAAGUGGCAUCCAGACAAAAAUGCAGAAAACCUUGAUAUUGCCACGGAGGUUUUUAAGCACUUACAGAAAGAGAUCAGCAGGAUGGAGAAGCAAGCACAAGCAGAGCUGACAGACAGAACCUCAAGAAGAACCUACACUACAUCAUCCACCCGCUUUCAAUCUGAGAGAUUCUCCUUCCAAAGAUUUUACACAUCAUGGAACCAAGAAGCAACAAGCCAUAAGUCUGAAAGAAAGCAGUUUCAAGAGCAGUUUACAGGUUAUGGAGGGACGUCACAUUCCAGUCGGUUUUUUGUGCCACCAUCUUUUAAAUCUGUUGGCAACCCUGUGGAGGCUCGAAGAUGGCUAAGGCAGGCACGAUCAAAUUUUUCAGCUGCAAGAAAUGACCUACAUAAAAAUGCUAAUGAGUGGGUGUGCUUUAAAUGCUAUCUGGCCACCAAGCUAGCAUUAAUUGCUGCAGACUAUGCGGUCAGAGGAAAAUCGGACAAAGAUGUAAAACCUUCAGCACUGGCUCAGAAGGUAGAAGAGUACAAUGCUCAACUGACUGGACUGGCUAAGGAUGUCAGUAUUUUGGAAGGUUAUGGAGUUGACAGCCUAAGAACCAGAUAUCCUGACCUCUUGCCAUUUCCUCAGAUUCCUAAUGAUAGGUACACUUCAGAAGUGGCAAUGAGGGUCAUGGAAUGUACAGCUCGAAUAAUUAUCAAACUAGAGGCCUUUGUGCAGCAAAAAAUGUAAUCAUUAUGACAAAUUAAGAUUAGGAACAAAUGUACAUUAGGAACAAGUGUAUAUGUUAUGGCACUUACUUCAUGCAAAAUCAAUGUUUGUUUGCGUCCAAACAGGUGCUACCCGAGCCUGAAACAAUUCUAUCACUGUAACUUUUUACUUUUAGUGUUAAAGUUUUUGACAUGCAACUGUAUAUAAUGCCAAAAACCAUAGCAAUAUUUUUGUUUUUAAACCAAAUUUUGGGUUUCCCCUGUACAAAAUCAUUGCGAUUAUGCUGCUUUUUUACUUAAUCUUUUAUAGAUGAGUAUUUUUGACAGUCAUAUAGUUGACUACUGUAAUUUGCAUGUUUGCACCACACCUUUGAAUAAGGAGCACUUGUGUGACUGCUGAACUUUGUUAGAAUACACUAAAAACACUGGUACAAUGAAAAUGAAAUGCCUGAUUUAUCUGUAAACUCUGGGACUUCAUAUCUAAGUUUAUGUUUUAGUGUUGGUUUUUUGAUUUAAAAUAAAAUCACUACUCUGUGUAUAGAAAAAAUAAAAAUUCUGUACAGUCAACGCACAAGUUUUAGAUAGUGCUACUGAACAACAUGCCUAAUGUCUGCAUCAUGCUCUUAAAUGCGGUGUGUUUACAUUGAGUAAACAUCAUUAGAUGAAGUCACCAUUUGCCAUUUAUCACUGUUCACUAAAUUAAAUGUUAAUCUACA